AGGAGGAGGCUGUUGAAAGAGAGCAGGAAAACGUCGUUCUGUUCGAGGUCACCUGUGGAGAGGACAGUCCUUUGACUGCAUCUGCUUUGCGUGGAUUGGGAGAAGCACUGAAGCGAAGGGGCAAAAUUGAAGAGGCUGUGGGAAGUUUUGCUCGAUCCUACUAUAUUGAGGCUCAAAAGGAUGCCUUUGAUUUGCUGUCCAUUAUGGAGGUGCACAGCCUCCUUUUUGGAGCUCAUAUGGAGAUGGUCAAGCUCGGACGACCUCUGAAUCGAGCAAGCUUCCGUUCUUACUUGCCCACCGUUGAGAUUGCCCUUCAAAGGGUCCGGAACAUGCCGCAAGAUGCCAACGCAGGUGCAUACUACAAGGUUGCAGGUGAGUUUGCCGCGUUCGCGGAGGACUAUUUACAAGCGUCAGGCCUCUUGAAGGAGGCUCUUGACCUCUUCAAGACUGAGAGGGACGAAAAGGUGGAGGGAUUGAUCAAGCAUUGCGAAGAGCUCAAGGAUUUGCAGGAUAGUUUUGCUCUGAAUUUUGCAGAUUUCAGCGUCAUGGAAGCAGUUCAUGUUGAGAGGCAGGAGCAGGUUCCCGACCAAAUAUUGCAAAUCACAUUAAACGGUAGGUCAAAGCUUGUGCAGCGGCAAAAGCAGCAGCGGCAGGAGCUUGAAAAGAAAAUCAAGAAGCUGAAAGGUGCUUUGAAGGAAAGUGCUCAAAAGGACCUUGAAGCUCUGGAGCAACAGCAUGAGGCAGAUUUGGCAAGUUUCGAUGGAAAGGGUGGUGAAGGAAAGGAUGCGAUAAAGAAAGAUGGAGAGGACAAAGACAUCUCAACCUCUGCACCAUCUCAGGAUAUGAAGAAAUUUCGUGACCGUAAUUGGAGCGGCCUGUCAAAGAAAGAGCUCGAAGAAGAGUGCACUGCAAGAGGCCUUGGAAAGAAGGGUUCCAAAGAAGACCUUGUCCAAAAGCUGAUCGUGUUCCAGCAGGAGCUUGCGUCCAAAGUAGCAUCUGAGGCCAAGGAAAGUGGAAAAGGAGGUUAUACUUCGAGUGGAGUACAGGCUCUGCUCGCACAGAGGACAAAUUCUGCUGGCGCGUUGCGCUACAUACAUCCUUGUUGCAACCCCUUGACAAAGGCUGCAGAAGAGGCCGUGAUCGUGCAGGAUGAUGAGGAAGACGACGAAGAAGAAGAUGAUGAAGAAGAAGAAGAGGAUGACGAUGAUGAUGAAGAUGAAGAUGGAGAGCAGGUGGACCGAGAGGAAAUGGAAAGGCAAGGAAAGCGCGAAAAGGCAAUACAAAAGGCUAUCCAAUUCCUUCUGAAACAAAAGUGUCAGGACGGCUUCCCUUUGAACGAGCUGGUUAGCAAGUUGGAGAUGGUGAAUGUCAAAGGCUUUGCGCCAGAAAAACUUGGCUACAAGACAUUGGAAAAGUUUGUCCGUGGACAACCAGAGGCUGUGCUGAGAUAUAGAAAGCAAGAUCAAAUGGUGUUACCGCCAAAGAAGUAGGCUUGUGGGAGACUGUCUUGCAAGCCCAAGUGCCAUGAUGCCUUUGGCAUGCAGUGCGCCGCCAGCGGUUGACAAGAAAUGAAUGUCGUGUUGAUCCAACGUUUGCCUCACACUGCAUUGCUUGACCACAAAGCAGUUAUAACAUUGAUGCAUGUUCCAUGCGUUCCUUCUCAAGCACUUUCCUCAACCUUGCGACUGGCGCGCUUCUCGACG